CUAUAAUUUUUAAAAUUUCAAACAAUGAAAGAGAAAAAACAAUUAUCGGUACACCCCCUGAUUAUGCCAAUCUCUUCAUAAAAUGUUGGUCAUCUGAACCGUAUCAACGGCCGACAUUGAACGAAAUUUUGCUUGAACUUGAGAGAUUAUCAAAAGAAAAGGAUUCAGAAUUCAUAACAAAUAUUAUUGAUGAUAAAAAAAUUAAUGAGGAGUUAAAUUUUCAAGACGUAAACAUAAAAAAUGAUGACGAAUUCAGACAACCAACAAACAAAACUGACGGACCUGACGAAACAAAGAAAAUGUUAUGGAACAAUGAGCUAGUAAAUUUAUGCUUAUUGGAAAAUUAUAGAUGUGACAAUAGUAUCGUUGAUGACAGUAUCGUUACGAAGUUAUUAAAUGAGCUCAAACCAUUUAAACAUAAUAACGUGUUAGAAGUUUUUGGCCUUACUUUUGAUGGCUACAGUUAUUAUUUUGUCCGUGGUUAUUAUACCAUGGACUUACGAUCUUAUCUUAGUCAACUGCGCUCUAAUGGUACUCCUCUAAGCUGGAUCGAUAAAUUAACGCUGACUCAACAAGUAGUUGAAGGUCUGAAAUAUCUUCAUGAUCAAAAUAUUAUACACCAAGAGCUGCACCCAAAAAAUAUAGUUAUAUAUGAGGGGAUUCCUAAAUUAAUUAAUGUUUGGUUAUCUCAAAAAACAACCGAUUUUUCUAUUUCGAAAUUUUCACCUCCUGAAAUUUUAUUGUCUAAUGAUAUUGAAAAUAAAACAACAAAGCAAAACAUUUAUUCCUUAGGCGUUCAAAUGUGGGAAAUUUCGAGUGAUGGUAUUGAACCUUUCCAUCAAAAGAAUUCAUUUAAAUUAGUAAUUGAUAUUAUUAAAGGUCUUCAUAUUCGACCCACUUGUAAAAAAAUUCUCGAUAAAUUUAAAAACAUAUCACUUUCAGACUUAUAUCAUGGGGAAAAUGGUCAAAAUACAGCUACUUUUUGGAUGCCUAAACCUAAAUCUAAAAUUGACGACCUAGAAUUCUCACCGGAUUCAAUGAAGUCACAAGCUUAUUUUGUUAAUUACUGUGGGAGAAUAUCUCCGUCUUCUUAUCCAAGUUGA